GACGAAGACAUAUAGCCUACAUCUAACUUCUUAUGAAGUUGGAGUAGGCUAAAUCAGGAGAACAUGCGGGAGAAAAAAUACGAAACCUCAAAAGUUGGUCUGUAUAGAAAAUAUCUGCUACUAAAUACUAUACAAUACGAUACUAAUAUUAUUCAAAUGGAACGCAUCAAUAAUUCCUAUUCUUAAUUUCUUACACAUAUUUUUGUCUCAAGUUUUAGGCUACUCCAGGACAAGGGCGCGCGCACAUUCGGGAGCGCGCUCCCGAGUCCUUGGGUAGCUGGUGGGUGUUUAUGAUGAUCUCCAACAUUCAGGACAACUCCCUCUGUGCUCCACACACACACACACACAGACACACACACACCGGGACCCACCGACAGAGACCCUCGGAGUAGUGCGGACAGUGAUCGACCUCUGAGAUGUGGAUCCUUCAUCUUGCGAUACUUUUGGCCGUGGGAUGGCGGGCCGGGGCGAUGCUCCCCGACUUUGGGGAGGGCUGCACCGUGGGGAGCUGCUACCCCGCCACGGGGGACCUACUCAUCGGCCGCGAGGACAAGCUCAGCGUCUCCUCCACCUGCGGCCAGGAGGAACCCGAGCGCUACUGCAUUGUGGGACAUCUCGAGGGGGAGAAGAAGUGCUUCACCUGUGACUCGAAGCACAUGUAUGACGAGCGACUGCACCCUGACAGCCACACCAUCGAGAACCUGGUCACCACCUUCGCCAGCAACCGGUUGAAGACCUGGUGGCAGUCGGAGAACGAUAUGGAGAAUGUCACCAUACAGCUGGACCUGGAAGCCGAGUUCCACUUCACGCAUCUGAUUAUGACCUUCAGGACCUUCCGGCCGGCCGCCAUGGUGAUCGAGCGCUCCAUGAACUUCGGGAAGACGUGGCAGGUGUACCGCUACUUCGGCUACAGAUGCCAGACGGCGUUCCCCAGCGUCUCCCAGGGGCCCAUGGUCGACGUGGACGACGUCAUCUGCGACUCGCGCUACUCCGACAUCGAGCCCUCGACCGAGGGAGAGGUGAUUUUCCGAGUGUUGGACCCUGCCUAUGAAAUUGAGGACCCCUACAGCCCUAGGAUUCAAAACCUGCUGAAGAUCACCAACCUGCGCGUGCGCUUCUCCAAGCUCCACACGCUGGGCGACAACCUGCUCGACCACCGCGACGAGGUCACCCAGAAGUACUACUACGCCCUCUACGACAUGGUCGUCCGCGGCAACUGCUUCUGCUACGGGCACGCCGCCAAGUGCGCCCCGAUGGAGGGGGCGCGCGAGGGCGUGGAGGGCAUGGUGCACGGUCGCUGUGUGUGUGAACACUACACUGAGGGUCUGAACUGCGAGCGCUGCCAGGACUUCUACCACGAGCUGCCCUGGAGGCCCAUGGACUACGACCUGCUCAUCCGCUACGAGCCCCAGCUCCCGGAGGAGUGGGAGAACGUGAGGAUCCAGGUGGACCGGCCGGACCCCAGCCUCCUGGAGACCACCAGCCACUGCGGCACCUCCGACUACCUGCAGAGCGGCGACGAGCAGACCGUCGCCCUGUCCCCCGGCUCCAGGCACGUGGAGCUGGGCUGGCCCGUGUGUUUGGAGCAGGGCCUCAACUACACCGUGCGCCUCAGCCUGCCUCACUACUCAGCGCACGCACAAGUACACAAGCCCCACACCCUCAUAGACUCGCUGGUGCUGAUGCCGCGGGUGCAGGAGCUGAACCUGUUCGAGGGCUCGGAGGGGGAGGCGGCCUGGGACACCUUCCAGAGGUACCGCUGUCUGGAGAGCAGCCAGAGCGUGGUGAAGAGCCCCGCCACGGACAUCUGCGACGACUACAUCUUCAGCGUGUCGGCGCUGCUGCACCAGGGCGCCAUGGCCUGUCAGUGCGACCCCCAGGGGUCCCGGUCUGCCGUGUGCGACCCCAGCGGGGGUCAGUGCCAGUGCCGGCCCAACGUCGUCGGGCGCAACUGCGAGCACUGCUCCCCGGCCACCUUCCUGUUCAGCCCUGACGGCUGCAGACCGUGCGAGUGCGACCCUCGCGGCUCGGCCCACGCCUUCUGCCACGAGGCCACGGGGCAGUGCGCGUGCGUUGCCGGGGCGACAGGGCGGCAGUGCUCCGGCUGCCUGCCGGGCCACUGGGGCUUCCCCCACUGCCGGCCGUGCCACUGCAACGGGCACAGCGCCCUCUGCAGCGCCCACACCGGGGAGUGCCUGGACUGCAGGGGGGACACCGCUGGGUACAACUGUGAGAGGUGCCUGGUUGGUUACCACGGCGACCCCGCGCUGGGGCCCGGCGGUCACUGCCGCCCGUGCAUGUGUCCCGACGGGCCGGGCAGCCGGCGGCAGCACGCCGACGGCUGCUACCACCGCCACGACCAGGACCUGAUGGUGUGUGCCUGCAGGCCGGGAUACAAAGGCGUCAGGUGCGAGGAGUGCGCCCCCGGUCACUACGGCGACCCCCAGGUCCCGGGGGGCCGCUGCACGCCCUGCCUGUGCAACGCCAACAUCGACCUGCAGGACCCCGGCGCGUGCGACGCGCGCUCGGGGGCGUGCCUCCGCUGCCUGCACCACACCGAGGGGCCCGCCUGCGACCGCUGCCGCGCCGGCUACCACGGCAACGCCGCCACCCAGAGCUGCCGGAAGUGCAUGUGUGAGCCUCUGGGCUCUGCUGCGGGGGCGUGCCCUGCGGAGGGGGGGUGCCAGUGCGACCGCCGGACGGGCCAGUGCCCGUGCCGGCCCAGCGUCCUGGGCCAGAGCUGCGACCGCUGCGCCCCCGACACCUGGGGCCUGGGCGGGGGGGAGGGCUGCCAGAGCUGCGACUGCGAGCCCAGCCACGCCUUCGGGUCCUCCUGUGAUGUGCUGACAGGACAGUGCUCGUGUAAACCAGGCUUCGGUGGGAGGACGUGUCGGGAGUGCAGAGAUCUGUUCUGGGGGGAUCCCAAGGUCAAAUGUCACGCCUGCGCCUGCGACCCUCGCGGCAUCACGGGCGAGCAGUGCCACCGCUCCUCCGGCCAGUGCCCCUGCGUGGCGGGCGUCUCGGGCCCCCGCUGCGACCAGUGCGCCCGCGGCUCCAGCGGCGCGUUCCCCGCCUGCGAGCCGUGCCACGGCUGCUUCGCCCUGUGGGACGUCGCGGUGGGCGAGCUGACCAACCAGACGCGGGCUCUGAGCGGGCACGUGGCCGAGCUGCAGAGCGGGGGCGGGGCGGUGACGGCGCCGUACCGGGAGCUGGUCGGCCGCCUGGAGGCCAACGCCGCCGCCGUACGGGUCGUCCUGGAGGGGGACGGCGCCGUCGCGGCCCUGGACGAGGCCCGCGAGCUCAUGAACCACAUCCUCGGCGUGAUGUCAUACCUGAACGGGAUGCUCAACACCACCGAGGGCGACCUGGGCAGUCUCCGGGACCAGGGCAACACCACCCGCGCCACCCUGGACCAGCUGACGGAGGAGGCGGGCGCCCUGGAGCGGGCGGUGAAGGAGCUGAAGGAGCAGGUGUACAACGCCAAGAACUCCAACUUCCAGGGAGCGAUGGACACCAUCUCUGAGGCGCACUUGGACUCCACCAUGGCUGAGCUGCAGGUCAACUCCUCCACCAGUCACCCCGGCAACACCGUGGAGCAGUCGGCGGCCCUACGGAAAGCCACCGAGGACAAACUGAGCGGCUCCCAGAAGGAGUUUGAGCGCAAGGUGGAGAGGCAGACGCAGAAGCUGGACAAGCUGGACGCCUCGCUGGAGGAGAUGGACCUCUCGGAGCUCAGCGUGAAGACGUGCGGCGCCGCUGGGGGCAACGACGAGGCCUGCUCCGGGGCCCCCUGCGGGGGUCUGGGCUGCGUGGGGGAGGACGGGGCCCCCCGGUGCGGAGGCCAGACGGACUGUAAGGGCUUGGUGGCCGCCUCCGCCGCCGCCCACAAGUCGGCCCAAGACCUGGACCUGGAGAUCGUCUCCGCCAUGCAGGAGGUGGAGAAGCUGUCCCGCUUGGUGUGGGAUGCCAAGCUGCGUGCGGGCGAGGCCAAGGUGACCGCCCAGCAGGUGCUGGUCAGAGCCAAUCAGAGCAAGGAGAGGGUGGAGCAGAGCAACGAGCAGCUGCGCGCGCUCAUCAGGGACAUACGAGACCUCCUGACCAACGGCAAGGCCAACGUGUCGGUGGUGGAGAUGGUGUCCAACGAGGUGCUGGCCAUGGAGCUGCCCACCUCGUCGUCCGAGCUGCAGAACAUGACCCGGGACAUCCGCGAGCGGGUCAGCUCUCUGACCAGCGUGGAGGGCGUCCUCAGCCAGAGCGCCGAGGACAUCGCCGCCGCUGAGAGGCUACUGCUGCAGGCCAAGGCCGCCAGUGAGGAGGCCUCCACCCUGAAGGAGACCAUCGACUUGGCCCGGGCGGCGCUGGAGGAGGCAGACAAGGCCCAGAACCUGGCCAGCGACGCCAUCCAGCAGGCCAUGCAGAACACCAACAGCACCAUGACCCUGCUACUCUCGGUGGAGUCGGCGAUGGAGGCGUCGGAGUUCUCCCUGAGCAACGCCACGGGGCGCCUGCUGCAGCUGGAGCGGGAGGUCGGGCUGCUGCGGCAGAGCCACCUGGAGGCCAGCCGCACGGCCGCCGGCGCCGCCGCCAGCAGCGAGCGGGCCGGCGAGGACGCAGAGCAGGCCCAGCAGGAGUUCGACGGGGCGGUGACGGAGCAGUACGGCCGGGCCCAGGAGCUGGUGGAGGAUAAGGGGGAGGUGGUGCUGGAGGCCAGACGGAGGGCAGACGCCCUGCAGACGGAGGCCAAGGAGCUGCUGGCCCAGAGCAGCGACAAGCUCCAGAGGCUACGAGAGCUGGAGCGGUCCUACGAGGUGAACCAGCGCACCCUGGAGGACAAGGCGGAGGAGCUCGCCCUCCUGGAGCAGACUGUGCGCAAGGUGAUGGACGAGAUCAGCCACAAGGUCACGCUCUACAGCACCUGCCUCUGAUCGUCGCCAUGACGACCGCGGCGGCGGCGGGGCUCAGACGCGCCGUCGAGUGCCUCGUUCGUUGCGGCCAUCUUCAAUUCGAGAUUACCACGAUGGAGCCAAGAUGGCCGCCAGGGGGAAGGAGGCCCAUAAUUGAAGUGAAAAUGGUUACAAUUUUUGUAUCCAUCGUAUAAGCUUGUUUUUUUUUUAUUUACAUGGCAAAGAAUGUUGCUCCUAAAUUGAAGACCAAUGGUUUGGAGCCAGGCCAUGUUGUACUAACAAGACAGGACUGUGGUGCCAUCAGUGGCAUAUUGACCUUAUUCUAAUUGCAAAAUGGACCAAUGAACACCAUAGGAAUGACCACUGAAAAAUAUAUAAUAUAUAGCACAGUAUGAUUGCACAUAUUCCAUCACGUUGUUUUUAAUAAACUCAACAAAAAUGUUGCAUGGACCAAAGAGAUUAUGCAGAUCAUUCCUGUAAUGGCUCUAUUAAAUUAACAAUUUCCAUUAAAUAAAACUAUGCUGCAUCUCA